ACGACAUCGAAAGGUUCAAAGAUCAUGGAAGAAAAGCGCCCCUCCAAGGUCCGCGCGCUAAAAAAAGCGAACCCAUUCAAGCAAAAUUACGACUCUCUCGUCGUUCCCAUCCCUUCCUCUUCGCCCCCAAAAUUCUGUUUCACAAUCCUAACUCCAAAUCCAAAAUGGAACAACCCCCUAAGCCCGAAACAGUGACUGAAUCGCACGUCCCGAACGGCUUCUCCACCACCACCACCACCGUCCCGAACGGAUCGGGAUCGGAAUCCCAGGCCCCCAAGGAACACACCGCAUUGUCGUCCAGUAGCACCAAAAAAUCGGUGCACUGGAGCCCCGAAUUGGUUACUGAAUCCACGUUCACCUCUUCCCCUUGCGAAUCGCGCUCCAAUCCAUACUUUUCCUCUUCUUCUUCCUUCUCCCAACCUCCCCCAACGUUCAUGGAGACGGUGGUGACCGUUCGCAAUGUGCUGGGAAGAUGGGGCAGGAAGGCCGCGGAGGCUACUAAGAAGGCUGAGAGUCUCGCUGGAAACACGUGGCAGCACUUGAAAACAAGCCCUAGCUUUGCUGAAGCUGCUAUGGGGAGAAUUGCCCAGGGAACAAAGGUCCUGGCAGAAGGUGGAUAUGAGAAGAUUUUCCUGAAUACAUUUGAGACAGUUCCAGAGGAGAGGCUUCUGAAUUCUUAUGCAUGUUAUCUAUCCACGUCUGCUGGUCCAGUAAUGGGUGUUUUGUAUGUAUCCACUGCAAAGAUUGCAUAUUCUAGUGACAAUCCUAUUUCGUAUAAAAAUGACAACCAAACAGAAUGGAGCUAUUACAAGGUAGUCAUCCCAUUGCUCGAGCUAAAAUCAGUGAAUCCUUCAUCUAACACAUCCAAUCCUGCUGAAAAGUACAUCCAGGUGAUCUCUGUCGACAAUCAUGAAUUUUGGUUUAUGGGCUUCUUGAACUAUGAAGGUGCUGUGGAGUCCCUGCAAGGAGCUAUUCAAGCCGGCAGACAAAUACAAUCAGAAGCUUAGUCUGUCCAAUGGACCAAAAGAAAAAGAAGCAUAGUUUGUUCAUACGUUUUAGUUAUUUCAAACCCCAAUUAUAUUUCUUGCCCUUCUACAGAUGUUUGUAGAUUUGAUCAUUAUGGUCUUGGAACUGUUGAUAAAAUAUCCUGUCAACUUUUUGGCAAUUUUGUGGAUAUGAAUUUACCUUAGGCUCAUACCUUGGAUCAUUUGAGGGGAUCCAUUAGAAUAAUUUAGAAAAGUUGUAUGGUCACUUUUUCUGUUUUUCAUUACUUUCCAUGCUCUAUUUUACAAGGGAAACUAGCUUGCAACUCUAAUGCACAAAUACUUUACAAUUCA